AUGGCGUCCAGCGACGGGAAGCCACUGCCAACCCCGGCCUCUGCGGGCGCCGCCGGCGGCACCGCGCCGCCGGGGCAGCCGACCACGGUGGCGUCCAAGGUGCUGGACAUGGGCGCGGCGGCGAUGCAGUCGCUGCGCCCCGUGAAGCAGGUGAAGCAGCACGUGUGCACGCUCGCGCUGUACGCGCACGACCCGAAACGACAGGUGGAGACGCACCACUACGUCUCCCGCCUCAACCAGGACUUCCUCCAGUGCGCCGUCUACGACUCCGACAGAGCCGACGCGCGCCUCAUCGGCGUGGAGUACAUCGUGUCGAGGAAGAUCUUCGAGUCGCUGCCGGCGGAGGAGCAGCGGCUGUGGCACUCGCACGCGCACGAGAUCAAGUCCGGCCUGUGGACGAGUCCGCACGUGCCGACGCCGCUGGAGAAGGCGGAACUGGACCACCUGGCCACCACGUUCGGCAAGUUCUGGUGCACCUGGCAGGUGGACCGCGGCGACCGCCUGCCGCUGGGCGCCCCCGCGCUGAUGGUGUCCCCGCAGGCCGACCCCGCCGCCACCGUGCGCCCCGACCUGGUCCGGAAGCGAGACGACAGGUACGGCUUCUCCACGGAGGAGCUCCGCGCUGCUAGGUUCGACGUCGAGGCGCCCGCCGAGGAGCACCCGGGGAAGGCCGACUACUGGCUCCGCCACCGCAAGGGGUUCGCGGUGGACGUCGUGCCGCACGAGAUGAAGCGUCACGCGCCGUUCCCGUGA